CUGCAAUUGACAAUGUUAUUUCAGGUUAUGUUUAUGUUGGCCCCAGGUUCUUAGUCGGAACCGUUUGUGGAGAAACUAAUCAAUUAUUUUCUCAAAAUUUGUCGAUAUUUAUCCCUAGAUUUAAAAAUUCCUGAGUGAAUAGAUCAUCGAAGAAAUGGAUAAUGAUCUGGAAAGGUCAGUUCGUUUGCUGGAAGAUGCUCUGUCGACAUCAGGAAGAGGUUUAUUCAAGAAGAGUUUAUUAAAAUCUCGGACAGACUAUGAUAAUCGAUUGGAUUUCUCUUCAACUGUUGCCAAUCAUGAACUGCUCAAACAUUUGAGGAGACAACAGCAUCCAAGUUUUGAUGAAACUGGUUCAAAACUGUCUCAUAUCCUACAGGGUGAUCAAACUGUGAUUGGCAAUGUCUUGCAAGCUAAUGUUGCACCUUGGACAACUGCUGUAGAUAGUCUUUACACUGAGUUUUUUGAAGUUUUACAAACUCACUCUGGUGGGCAAGAUAUUCUAGAGGUAGUCACUGAUUUAGCACGAUGUUGUUCAGAUGCUCUCAAAGUAAUACAGAGUCUCAAGUGCAAAGUAGCUGUUUCACACUUGGAUGAAGAAAUAUGUUUGGAAAAAGAAAGGAAUACUUGGAGGCUUUUGUUCAUUUUAUAUCAGGACCGUUUACUGGCCCAAAAUAUGAUGGAUGACCAAGGCGUGAUGCAGUACUUCGGCAGGUCGGAGAAAAUGUGCGUUCAGAACUUGUUUAAACGGGACGGCCUCGUGCGGGAGUCCCAGCUGAUCAUCGAUUGGCUGGAAAGCAACGCUGCUGAUCGUGAUGACGAGGUGCUGCACUUUUCAGACAGCACAGUGGGCUGGGAGAAUACGCUGCACCAGCUGCAGUCUGCCGAGACCAUCGCUUUUCUCAGUUCCAGGCGAAUAGUUAGUUCCUUGGACCCAGAUGCGCCGAAUCGCGAGAGAAUGCCAUUGCACGAUUUGGACUCGGAAGACGAUAAAAGAUUGGCUAGAAAGGUUUUCGCUGAAGUACGAUGCGGGAAGUUGGAAGAAGCCCAAAAGCUCUGUAGACAGACCGGCCAUUCUUGGAAAGCUGCCCUUUUCGAAGGGUGGCGGCUGUUCCACGACCCGAACGUCAAAGAAAACUCCGACAACGAUGCCGGUUCGGAAGCAGACGACGGCUACGAGGAAAUGGACUCCAACGAACUGAAGGAAAUCGAGGGGAAUAGUAGCCGAGAUAUAUGGAAAAUCAUGGCUAUCAAAUACUGCAAACAAGACUAUUUGAAUUUGUAUGAUAGAGCUUCGAUAGGAGCGUUUUGUGGGUAUCUAAAUACUUUGUUGCCAGUGUGCAAUUCCUGGGAGGACAGUUUAUGGGCCUAUAUGAGAACUCUGGUUGAUGUGAGAGUCGAAUCUGAGAUACGAGAUUGUGUAACGAGAAACGGAGAAUAUUUGCCGUUGCCUGAAGAAUACUGGACUCAAAGGAUGUCUCUUAACGAAGUGUUCCACAAUUUGGAAUCGUCCAAAGACGCUCUAGUAAGAGAAGAGGCGAAAAGACCAGACCACGUCAUUCAAAAACACAUAAUUAUGGAUGAGAUAGCCACAUUGCUUCUCAAAUUCGAAGAAUGGAUUGAAGAUGAAAAUUUGCCGACUAGUUUCUUGAGAUUCUUGGCUCAUCUGGUGCUAUUUUUUGACCAGAUUGGCCAAGGUCAUAAUAGAGAAGUCAUGGAAAAAGUUCUUGAAAAUUAUAUCAAUAGAUUGAUGGCCAUGAACGAAACCCAAAUGGUAGCCUAUUACGUCAGUAAACUCUCACCCAAUAACCAAGUCCACUUAUACGCAAAAUACUUGGAAAACAUUAUCGAUGAAGAAGAGAGAAAAACGUCCCUUUUGUACGCAGAGGAUAGUGGCUUGAACGUUUUAGCCAUCACAAAACAAGUCGUUGAAAAUGUCAGAAACAUUCCCCAUGAAACCGAAGAAAGCGGAAAUCUUCAACACAAAAUAACUGAGGUCGACAACUACAAAAUAUCGUCUCUGGAUUGGGUCUUGUUCUAUGAGAACCAAAGAGCAGAAGCACUAGUUCAAGUAAAUGGUUUGAUCUUUACUUUCCUGACAUUGGGCAAAGUCGAUGCAGCUCAUCUAGCUUUCAAUAAAAUUCCACAAGACAUGGUGGAAAAAAUCAUCAAGGAAGGUGAAGUUAGCGAGACACUCCGUCAAAGCAUCAAGGAGUUCUUCAGUUACAAAGCCUACUUGGAUGCCAAUGAGGCGUUCAACGAGUGGUUCAAGCAUUGCAAGUGUCAACCGACGCCACCUGCGGCGUUGCCGGAUAAUGCGCAAUUUCCUGAAAAAGUGGCACAUCAGCACAGGCAGUCUCAGCAUAAAGCCGAAUUGGAACGGUGGAAAUUGACAGCCAAUCAUUUGGCCAAAAACGCCAAAACUAAACUCUACAACGUGCUGUUGUUCCCGGAAGGCUGGUUGGUAGGUGCUGUGGAUGACGACUAUUUGAGAUCAGCUUGUCUUCCGGGCAUCGUGCUGCUCAUCUACUCGGUGUUGUCAGAAUCCGGGCAACACGCAGAGUGCGUCCAAUUGGCCGAUAUCAUCGCUUCGGAGAAGCAUUGUUUGUAUAAGGUAUAUUCCAAGGAGAAGCUCGCCGAGAUCUUGGAGAAACUUUGUGAAAGUUCUGUCGCAUUAUUAAAUGCAAAAAAGGAUCCUUGGGGAAAUGAAACAGCUGCUUGACGACGAUUCUUCCUACGGUUUCUGUUACAUCUCUAGUUUGUUUAAUUAUCAGGAUUAAAUUCUUUUGUACUUUCA